CGGGCACUCGUACUGGACGAGGCGUUUGUGUCUCAUCCCAACCCUUCCCUUCGAGGCGAUGGUGCUGUGCCUCGCCCUUCUCUCAGCCGCGCGAGUAAAUUAAUUAUUGUUUCUUUUAAUUUUCCCCUUCUUUUUAUCUUCUCACUCUGUUCUGUUUUAUCUGUUAUGGACUCGAAUUGUUGACGAAAUGCAUCGCAAGGUCUUUGUUCUGAGUGUCCCGCUCGUCUGCUUCUUGUUAGUCACAGCGAGCUUGUACCUUGGCCGAGAUCAUAUAACCAGAUUAUCUGAGGCAUACCUACCGCUCCAUGCCCCCUCCUCCCUUAAGACCACGUCUACGGAAACAAUAGAUUUACCUUUGAGUACGACGUCGGAUUUGGUUGACUCGCCUGUUAUUGAGGAGCCUCCUUCAUACUCGACACUCGGCACCUACACCACAAGUACAAUCGAGGUACAUACUACACCAACCAUCUCCUCUACAACUUCCGCAGCGCCCUCACCAACAACAACAAAAUCUGCCAUCCCAAUCGCAAAUGGUUCCGUUCUCUCUACCGAGCGCAUCACUCCUUACAUUCACGCCAUUCUCGAUCCUACUUCGAAAGAGCGCCCGCGGCUUCAAUGCCCUCCCUUGGACACCAAGCGAUACAAGGGCCUUCAGAAGAAGAAAGACACUCGGGGAGACGGAAAUGACGAACAUUCAAUCGACUUCUUCUUUGCCCUUAAUUUGCGCAAUAUCGUAGACCUUCUUCCUCGUCUCAUGGGCAGCAUUGUCGAGGCCAUCCAAUUCCUUGGACCUGAACGAUGCGCUCUCUCAAUCGUCGAAGGCAAUUCUCCCGACGGAACUGCUGAUGUUCUUGUCGCUUUGCGCCCAUUCCUCGAGGAAAUUGGAGUCACUUACUUUUACAACAACUCUGCAAUUAACCCAUCCAAGGGCGCUCGCAUCCGCAAGUUGGCUCAAUUACGAAACUUGGCCUUGGAGCCUCUGUUUAAGAAGAAGGUCCCAGCAGCGGAUGACACUACCGUCCUCUUCAUCAACGAUGUUGCUGCUUGUCCCGAUGAUCUACUUGAGCUUGCGCUCCAGCGUCGUAAGCUGAAUGCCGAUAUGACUUGCGCCAUGGACUUUACCUACGCUGGUCCUGAUCCCACAUUCUACGACGUUUGGGUCGCCAGGACACUUGCGGGAGACACAUUCUUCCCCAUCCCCGAAGACGGAUCAUGGGACAACGCCUGGGACUUAUUCAGAGGAAACCGAGAAGCACGAAUGCGAUACGACGCCCAUCUUCCUUUCCAAGUCUUUGCCUGCUGGAACGGCGCAACAGCCUUCACAGCCGCUCCGAUCCUCAACGGCCUACGAUUCCGCGACCCCAAGAAGGACGAAUGCUUCCAGGGCGAACCGCAACUAUUCUGCAAGGACCUGUGGCAUAAGGGCUACCGAAAGAUCGCAGUAGUACCAAGCAUCAGUCUGGAGUACACAGAUGAAAGAGGCAAGGAUAUCAAGAAGCUGAAGGGCUUUACGAAUGAGGUCAUACAGCAUAUGGAGGAGGAUAAAGCCCAUAUUGAGUGGCAGUACGAGCCGCCGGAGAAGGUCAAGUGCAUGCCGUCUUUUGAUCGCCAGACGUGGUUACCUUGGGAUGAGUCAUUGAAACGAUAGAUGUCUUACGGUCGUUUUCUUUUGUUCUUUUCUGUAUUUGUCUUAUACCAGCAUUUUUAGACAUGGGAGGUGUUGACGGAGUUCGUUCAUACACGGUGGUCUAUUCUCUAUACCAAAGAAUCAUAAAUCUCACGAUGGAAUCAUCAUACGAUUCCGAGCAUCAAGACAUUGGCUUGAAGGCCGUUUAUGGCUAGUUCAUGGAUGACGAUUGUCAUGUGUAAUAUGGUUACAUCGAGUCGGAAGUGGCAUGUCCACCGUCUCGGUUCAACGUUAACUCAGAUCGCCAUGGCACGCUAAUUCGCUGCAAGUCACUGGGUAGUGCUCAGCCCUAGCGACUAAUUAUAGGCCACCGUAAAGCCAAUGCGAAGCCACAUGGAACACGGACAUGCCCGUUGCAAUGGCUGCUUAGUGGUCAUUGAAAGGCGAAAGCGCCUGGCAUCGACACUCACUCAGGGUCAUCGACAUCUUCGUUCUUGUGGGUAGCGAGUAAAUUACAGCAAUAUUGUUGACAGUAUCUAAGCCAUCUAACUAAUGUCUCAUGUCGUAAUCGUGAUCUAUCUGAUGCGUUCCGACAUCCUUCGAGGGUAUGAGAUAACGGUAGAACUCCAGGGCCAACAAGCAAGAUAACAUAAAUACCCCCGUCCAAAAGAUCAUUCACCCCCGUACACAAUUGCGUGCCGUCAUCAUUCAUAUCUCAGUUUCACAUUCCCUUUCCCUGAAUACGCUCCGCAGCAACACCAUAGGCAGAGAGGGUGUCGCCAACCUCGCAUGGAUCCUCACCGAACUCGACCUUCUCAAAUCCCUGAGGACGAUCCUUUUCCAAGGCCAUCUUGCCCAUCUGCGCUUGGCAUCGGAAGCUUCCAAAUCGAUACUCGACCACAGACCGGCCGCCCUUUGAAGCAUCCCCCUGAACAAUGAGUUCGGUGAUCUCGUCAACCUCAAAGACGAAGCGCUCCUCGAAGAACUUUGUGAGGGAGCUGGGGUUAACAAAGGUGCUUUUUCCGGUGAUGAUAAGAACACGAGAUGCAGGUCCCAAAAUUCCUUGCUCCCCAUACUUGACGCGGUUGUGGGUGACUCGCACAGGGAAGCCGCGAACACUAAUGCCCUGAGUGAGAGACUUUGAGAGGAGUAGCUGAGCAGGACCAGGGGUGAAGAAAACGACCUUUGCGGCGGCAGUUUCGUGGCGCUCCCAGUCAGGCUCGUUGAUUACAGAGCACCAGAUACGUCCGACGUUGCGGAUCUGUCCAAGGAGUUCAUGAUGAGUGACAUCAGGUGGGAGAUUGGUCAGCCAGAGGGCGCAGUUCUGGUCUGGGGUGAGGCUCAAAGCGCUUGCGUUACGUGUGUUGUGCUCUCCUUUGUAGUUGUCAGAGAAGACAGACUCUCUAGCUUCAUCUUCACGAGCAAUGUGGCUAGGAGGGCGAGCGAUCGCAGCCAUGGGCCUGAAGCCACGGGCAUUUUGUUGGCGGGCAGCCAAAUUGAACUUCUGACGAUAAUCGUCUUGGCUCUUGGCGUAUGGGACCUUCUUCAGAGCGUCCUCGAUCCAGGCGGGGAGAGCAGGACGCGGAGCCUCUUGGAUGGGAGCCGCGGGUGUCUGAGCAAGAGGGAUAGUUGUUGGGAGAGGCAUGCUUUUGUGCUCGUUGAUUCCUAGCUGGCUGAAGUGCCCCUUAAGACCUUCCCAAAUGGCUGGAGAUGGAGCCAAAGCUCCAGGGAACAGGCUUCUGGUUGAAGCAGCAUGGUCAGGGGGAGGAGGAAUAGGCUGGCGGAUAUGAUAGGCUGGUGUGGUUAGCCCAGCCGUAUUCGACUUGAAGGUCAUAGGCUUUUGAGGCACGAAAGCAUAAGCCUCAUGGUUACGCGGAUGCAUAGGUAUUGGUUCGUUUCGGAACUGAGGAGCUCGAUAAGUGGUAGUUUCCUCGAUGAUAGCGUUCAGAUUGGUCUGGGGAAGAGGGCCUCUAUCCUUACGGAGACUGGGUGAUUCCCCAGCAGCAACCUGUGAGAACUUCAUGUGGGACUUUUUCUUGAGUUCAGAACCUGUGCUAAUAGUGCUAGGUCUUGUAAAUGGGCUGCUCAGCUCAUUAGGGGGAGGAGUAACGUCGGGAUCAGGGCUGCUAGAACUCUCCCGAGUGAUUGGAGUAGGAGGCGUUUCCAUCUUGAAGAACAGUCAAGAUGGAACCGGUGGUGAAGAUGAGUUGAAGAUGAAUAAUUAUGAUAUGCUGGAUAAGUGUCGAUACAGUAGGGUACAGUAGAGGAGAGUUGGGUGAGAUGAUGAGGAUCAAAGAUUCGAAAGCCGAUAGAAGCGAAGAACAAUUUAUAGUCCUCCUUGUUGGAGAGUUAAGAUUGCCUAUUGUUGUGAUUGAAUGGUCCGUGAACAGCA